AUGGUCUAUGAAGGAUUUGGUCUGGAACACAUACAACCCCCCUCUUCUCACAACAAGCCAUUCAAUGCUUUAACACAACAAGAACAAGCCGAGAGAGGGGCACAAGUAAUGAUGAAUUUUAUGACUUCAUGUCCGGGCAAAUCAGCAAUAAGUGGAGUCACAGGGUUCGCCCUGGGUGGUGUCAUGGGUCUAUUUCUCGCAUCCAUGGCUUAUGAUACUCCAUUGCAUACACCGUCUCCUUCGAUGGCGCUCUCUGCUAAUGGAGCCGUGAAACAAAUGGCUGAAUUAUCAAUGAGACAACAGGUCAAGUUGCAAUUCGCCGAUAUGGGAAAAAGAUCGUAUUCUAGUGCUAAGAAUUUUGGUUACAUUGGUAUGAUUUAUGCAGGGGUGGAGUGUGUAGUAGAAUCCGUGAGAGCUAAGAAUGAUAUAUAUAAUGGACUUCUUGCUGGUUGUUUGACUGGUGGUGGAUUGGCUUAUAAGAGUGGACCACAAGCCACCGUGGCAGGUUGUGCUGGGUUUGCUGCUUUUUCCUUGGCCAUUGAUCUCUAUAUGAAGAGUGAAGAUGGUAGACCACCAAAGAAUAAUUUCAAUGAUUGA